AAUAUACACGGAAGGAAAAGUUAAAGAAAAAAUUGUUUAAAUUCAAGGAUGAAUCGUCUACGCCGAUUUCACUCUCCCAAUUUUCUAUAAAAAGAAAAAAGGCCGAGCUCAUCUUCUUUGUAUUCAUUCCUCCAUAAAUGACACGUCUAUACUGUUGUGUUGCAUAAUUUACACAAUAACAUCUUUGUCUCUCAACAAAUUAUUCUUAGUUUAAUAGGCUUCCUAUCUCUUUCUUUUGGCUGCUUCUCCUUGGAAGGAAAACCACAGUUGACUGGAACAUGAGGCUGUUAAAAUUCAGCAAGCUCAACCAGGAAGGAAGCAACAAAGGAUUGCUUUGUUUCUAUCGGACUAGAACAUAGCAGGUAAGAUUGUGGCACAUGAUGUUCAUGUUGAGGGUUUAUUGCUUGCCAAUUGUUUGGCUAAAUUUAGCAGUGGCUGUCUUUUCUGCUGAUAAAUAUAGCAGAGAGGACUUUCCUCCUGGAUUUAUUUUUGGUUCUGGCACCUCUGCUUAUCAGGUGGAAGGAGCAGCUAGUGAAGAUGGAAGGAGUCCUAGCAUCUGGGAUACCUUUUCUCACCAAGGGAAAAUGGGCGGGGCAACUGGAGACAUAUCAGUUGACGAGUAUCACAAGUACAAGGAGGAUGUUAAACUCAUGGCCGAAAUUGGAUUAGAUGCGUAUAGAUUUUCCAUCUCAUGGCCAAGGCUUAUCCCUAAUGGAAGGGGACCAGCCAACCCAAAGGCUGUGAGAUAUUACAACAACCUCAUCAAUGAACUUAUCAGCCAUGGCAUCCAGCCUCAUGUUACACUGUAUCAUUAUGAUCAUCCGCAGGCGCUUGAAGACGAGUAUGGAGGAUGGAUUAGCAGAAAAAUUAUAAAGGACUUCACAGCCUUUGCAGAUGUGUGUUUCAGAGAGUUUGGUGACAGAGUUAUGUACUGGACUACUUUGAAUGAACCCAACAUUCUUCCACUCUUCAGUUAUGAUGUAGGACAGUUGCCUCCUAAUCGAUGCUCUCCUCCGUUCGGAUUCAACUGCACCCAAGGCAACUCAACGUCAGAACCAUACUUGGUUGCUCAUCAUCUCCUGUUGGCACAUGCUUCAGCUGUGAGAUUGUACAGGAAAAAGUAUCAGGUCCUACCCUUUUCAUUUCCACUUACUCGUACCCAAAAAUUUAAUAAACUCUGUGUUCUGAUGAUGGUCAUGGUGGUGCAGGACAAGCAACAGGGAUUUAUUGGGAUUAAUCUCUUUGUUUUUGCGACUUAUCCUCUAACAAACUCAACAGAGGAUGUGCUUGCAACUCAAAGAGCCAAUGACUUCUUUGUGGGUUUGAUAGCGAACCCUGUGGUGUAUGGAGUCUAUCCUGACAUAGUAAAGAAAAACGCAGGCUCUAGACUACCAGCCUUCACGAAUCAAGAAUCCAGGCAGGUUAAGGGUUCGUUUGACUUCCUGGGAGUAAAUCACUACAUGUCAAUACAGGUUAAAGACGACUCCGCCAGUCUGAAAUCGGAGUACAGAGAUUAUCUAGCAGAUAUGGCAGUAGAGAUGAUGGCUGAUAUAGACAAUACGAAAUUUGAGUAUCCGAUACAACCUGCGGGUAUGCAAGCAGCGCUGGAAUACAUGAAGCAAGCUUAUGGCAACCCUCCUAUCUACAUUCACGAAAAUGGCCAAAGGACCCGACGAACUUCGUCCUUGGAUGAUACCUCCAGGGUCAAAUAUAUGCAUGGAUACAUUGGGAGUGUACUUGAUGCUAUUAGGAAUGGAUCAAAUACAAGAGGGUAUUUUACGUGGUCGUUGAUAGAUGUGCUUGAGCUGUUGGGUGGAUAUGAAGCAUGCUUUGGGCUUUAUUAUGUGGACAUUAAUGACCCACAAUUGAAAAGACAUGCUAAGCUAUCUGCACAUUGGUACUCUCAAUUUCUGAAGGGAAGACCCGUCGGCUCUACCUCUGAUGCCCUAAUUGAGCUUGCAUAAGAAUAAAACUUCACGCCCUUGUCUCCCAUUACCUGACCUUCUGUGUAUAUGAUCUUUGCUUAAUCGUUGUACUUUGAAAAAAAU